AUGGCAUCGACAGGGCUAGAGAACGGUCUGAAGGACUUGAGCCUGAUCAAGGACUCUUACCCACAGGCGAUCGAGGCGGGUAGCGAUCCAUCAAAGCUUUCCACUGCCAUCUUCCCGGCAGCAGAGUAUUCCAGCACAGACAAGACGGAGAUCGAACAAUGGCUGAUCACAUCCAACCACAUCGCCUCCUCGUCAGAAGACAGCGCCAAGACAGCAGAGCGACUUUCAUCACUAAACACCCACCUCUCCACCCGCACAACCCUCCUCGGGAGCAAGCCUAGCGUGGCAGAUGUCGCCAUGUACGCCAAACUUGCGCCAGUCGUGAGAGGUUGGAGCGACGAGCAGCGGACAGGCGAGCAAGGCUACCAUCACAUCGUCCGCUUCCUCGACUUUGUGCAGAAUGCUCCACUGUUCAGCUUAAAAGUGGCUGAAGGCGAGAAGCUCAAUGUCGAUCCCAGCAAAGUCGUCUCAUAUCCCAAGCCAGUCGACCAGAAAGCCGAGAAGGAGCGUAAGAAGAAGGAGAAGGCGGCGGCGGCAGGUGCAAACACGGCGGCCGCAGCAGGAGGUGCAGUCACAACCGCAGCAAGCAAGGAUGUGCAGCAGGACGGCGAGAAUGCCCAGUCAAGCAAGAAGGAGAAGAAGAGUGCAGGUGACAAAGUGGCAGAAGCCGUAGGCGCAGAAGCACCGACAGAAAAGAAACAAAAGAAGGACAAGCAGCCGAAACCACAGAAGAAUGCUCCGGCAGCAGACAAGCCUCUAUCACCCUCACUUAUCGAUCUCCGCGUCGGCCACAUCCUCAAAGCCGUCAAGCAUCCCGAAGCCGACUCCCUCUUCGUCAGCACGAUCGCAUGCGGCGACCCACCAGGCACGGACAAUACUUCAGAAUACGAAGGCAAGAUCGUCCGAACAGUCUGCUCUGGCCUAAACGGCUUGAUCCCACUGGAAGACAUGCAAGACCGUAAGAUUGUGGCUGUGUGCAACCUGAAACCCGUCAAGAUGCGCGGGAUUCACUCGGCAGCUAUGGUUCUCGCUGCGUCACCACGAUUGGCGCCUGGAGAGGAGGACAAGCAUGCUGGACCCGUUGAACUUGUCGACCCACCAAAGGAUGCUGAGGCGGGUGAGCGGGUGUACUUUGAGGGCUGGGAGGGUGAGCCAGAUGGUCAGCUCAAUCCCAAGAAGAAGGUUUGGGAUUACUGUCAGGCUGGCUUCUGCACUACGGGUGGCAAGGAGGCGGCGUUCGAUCCUACAGCUGUUGAGCAAUUGAAGGAUAGCGAGAAAGAGAAGAGUGUUGCGAAACUUAGGACGAAGCAGGGGCUGUGUACUGUACCCACGCUCACUGGAGCCACGAUCCGGUAA